AGCAAAAUAAAAAAGUUUGACAACCCCUGCUCCGUAAAUGUCGAUCUGUCCCUAAUGUAAAAUGAUUGAGCAAGCUUCACUGGUUUGCGGGCUAUUCAAUGGAAAACGAAAGCUAUUACUGUUCUCCCAUGGCGUCCAGCAGCGUAAAUGACCCUAGUCAAGGGAACAGCUACCAGGAGAACUUCAGCUGCUCUGAGAGUAACUCUGAGAGCAGUGCUACAGAAGAAGAAUCAGACAGUGAUGCAGCAGGAACCCGACAGGAUCAGGAAGAGCCUUGCCGGUACUACAACAGUGGUCACUGCCGGGAUGGGAAAAGGUGCCACUACCUACACGUCUGCAAAUACGCACUGAGAGGCAACUGUCGCUAUGGAGCCAAGUGUCGCCUCAAGCACCUCAGCUCCUCCUCUGACAGUGAUGGAGGUAGUGGGAGGAGGGAAAGGAGGAGGUCUUUAUCUGGAGGGAGAAGAGGAGGCGGUGGGAGAGAAAGGAGGUCUUCAUCUGGAGGUAGAGGAGGAGGAGGUGGGAGGAGGGACAGGAGGAGGUCUUUAUCUGGAGGGAGAGGAGGAGGUGGGAGGAGGGACAGGAGGAGGUCUUUAUCUGCAGGGAGAGGAGGAAGUGGGAGAGAAAGGAGGAAGUCUUCAUCUGGAGUGAGAAGAGGAGACCGGGCCAGGGAAAGUUCUUCAUCUAGAGGGGCUCAGCGUGACAUUAGCGGGCCAUACAAAUGGCAGUUGGAAGAUGGACAUGGCUGGAAGGACAUAGCCAACGAUCACAUUUUGGAGGGACAGUACUCCCAACCCAACAUUAAGGGCAUCAAUAUCUACAACACCCCCUACGGCAAAGUGACUAUUGAUUUCAAGGCGAUGAGAGUCCGCGGUAAGAAUAAUCUGAGAGUGAGGCGUUUGGAUGGUCAGCAGACAGAGUGGAUCUGGUUCUACUCUAGUAGCAAAGGCUGGACAAAGUAUGGAGAAAAGGAUUCCAAGGGAAACUCAGGCCCCAUCCAGAGUUCUGAGAUCGAGAAGAAAUUCCAACUCAACCGUAACGGUUCUCCUACGUUCAACAUCGGCUCUGAUAUCUUCAAGAUCCGAUUCAGACAAAUGAGACAGGUGAGCGACAAGAGGAAGAGGAAAGUUGUCCGUCGUCCAAAGUACCAACCACCUCAAAGCGGAAAUCUAAUUGGUCGAGUGACGUCUGCUUUCCAGAGAGUGAAGAUGUCUCCAGCGGGCCAGAGUGAAUCUCCAGAGUGGCAGUUUGGGGGGAAAAGUGGGCGCUGGCACACCUUCAAAGACAGUGCUGACAUUGAAGACCAGUACCAGAAGGACUUCAAUGGAUCCAUGUCCCUCACUGUCAAAGGACAGGCCUACAAGCUGGACUUCUCAGUGUCAUUACGUGGGUUUGGCAAUAGUUAUCUGGAAUAUGAGGAGGAGGACGAGGAGGAGGAGGAAGAGAACUAUGAGCAGAGCACAUCUAGUCAGUCUGCCUCAGCCAGGGGGAGCCACGUUGAGUGGCAGCUGUAUGAAGGAGAGAGAUGGCUUAGUAUUGGCAAUGACCAUGUGAUCGAAACCCACUACUGCCAGCCUGGGGCCAAAGGAAUGAACAUCUACCCAUCACACAUGGGGCAGGUCUAUAUAGAUUUUGAUCAGAUUGAGGCUCAAAAUGCUGCCAUGAGUGUACGGCGACUCACGUUCCUACCUCAGGCUCAAAGUGAAGACAUCGGGUGGUAUUUCAAAGACGAUCUGAUAUGGCGUGAAUACGGUUCUUUGGGUCCAGGUCAGGGCUCGUCCUCAGUCAGUAGUGGUGAUGUGGAACGACAGUACAUCCUCAGACCUCAGGGGACCUUCCACUUCACUGUGGGGAGGAACAGCUACACCUUAGACUUCACAGCUAUGACACAGACCAAUUCAGCCACCCGGGUACAGAGAAACGUCCGGCGGCGUCCAAAGUUCAACUCCGUCGUCUCAAGGAAUGGCAGCAUAUCCAUUGCCCAAUCAGCCCCCACCGUAAUUGCCUCACCACCUCCCUCUGCUGGCUACACCUGGGAAUUCAUGGGCGAGGAGGGAGUGUGGAUAGAAUACCAGACUCCAAGUUGCUCACUGGAGAGUGCUGGGAUUGAGAGACGCUACCAGAAGAACCCUAAGGGACAGAUAUGCUUCAAAGCUGGGAGAUAUUCCUACACCCUCGACUUCUCAGGCAUGUGUCAGACCAACGUUCGCAUCGGGACCAAAAGAAUUGUGAGGAGAACUCAAUGUGAAGCUCAACAAACAAGCAGUGGAGGAUUGGGUUUACGGUCCCGUUGGCAGUUUCAAGACGUGGACGGAAGCUGGAAAGACUUUGCCAAAAGGAGCGACACCUGCAGUGUAUCCAGCCAGGACAUUGAAGCCCAGUACCAGCAGAACCCAAAUGGAACUAUGAACUUCACUACCAGGAGAUUCAGCUAUCAACUGGACUUCUCAGCCCUGACCCAAAGAAACCUGUCCACUCAGACCACCCGAUCUGUUCGACGCCUGAACUAAUCACUGCCCACGACACUGUCCUCUGUCAGGGGCGAAGUGCAAUACCCUGGCAGUGGAGGCUGGUGGGAGGAGCUAUACGAGGACAGGCUCAUUGUAAUGGCUGGAAUGGAAUAAAUGGAACGGUAUCAAACACACACAUGGAAACGUUUCACUCCGUUUCUUUCAUUCCAUUCCAGCCAUUACAAUGAGCCCGUCCUCCUAUAGCUCCUCCCACCAGCCUCCACUGUACCCUGGGUGCAUCUCAAUUGUCUAAAGUGGCUUCCUCUCAACUCCAUUUCUUCAUGUGCACAGUGAAGACAAGUCACUGUCCGGUAUUGAGAUGGAACCCCUUCCAUUCCACUUCCUCCUAAAAAUGAAACUUGUUAACAUAUGUAUUCAUGGAUUUCCUGUUAUUUUUUUUUGACAUUGUGCAUAUACUUAAAAAACAAUACUGUUCUUAGAAAAGUAGCUUCUGACAAUCUGCACAAUACUUUAAAAAAAAUGUGAUCUGUAGAAAGAACCCUCUCACUGCCAAUGGUACAAAAGGAACAAGCCUUUUGUACAUGUUCUAGCAUGUACAUUUUCAUUGUCUUUCGUUUGAAUAAAGGUGAUUUUCAAGUA